GGAAAGGAUUUGUAAUUUUGAGCCCCUAUUUAUUGGCGGUAGGGUUUUGCCGCCGUUGAUCUAGACGCCAAAUUUUUGAAGAUUUGUAAUUUUGAGGGUGUUUUUUUUUUGUUGAAGUGAAUUAUAGAACUAUUUUUUUGUAUUGUAAAGGAAUAGGAUAAUAUGGAGGCGUACAUGGAGGAUUGUAAAGAUUUGGCUUCUCAAUUGAAGCAGCAAGAUAAAGAACUUAGGCUCAAGAGAAGGUGGUUAAUGGACUUGGAUUUGUCCGAAAGAGAGCAAAAAAAGAUGGACAGACUCAAACCUCCCGGUGAUAUGAGUUUACCUGAAUCAUUGCUCAGAGAAGAUGAUUUACAUUAUGAGAACAUUCGAACUUCUGUUGCAAAGGCAUUUGGAGUGCAUAAGGGUGAAAGGACAUAUCAUGGUGCACCAGGGACAUUGCUCUCCAAUUCAGCUGAGAAUUUGAGAGGCAUAUAUUCCAUGCUUGAUAAGAUGAACAACAAGGGGUUAUGCUGUAUUGCAGAGACUGUAACUGGCGGCUCAAUUACUUUUGAGAAAACCAAUUGGCAAAUGAGAAGGACAAUCAGGCAGUUUCUUCCCAAAAUUCUCCAUAGGCAUGAUGAUUCCAGUCAAAGUCGAAUUAAACAAAUUUCUCAACUCCUCAAAGAUCCUCAAAACUUUCGUGUUAAUCAUGGGGCUUCUUGUUCUACCUCAGAAUCCUCCUUUCGCAGUUCUGCUAUUUAUGUUCUGGAUAGACUUGAGGAGUUGUCUCUUCUAACUUUGAGUAAAAUGCAUAGGAAUCUGAGGAAUGUCACAGGUUACAUCCCUUUACUGCAGCCUCCUAGAAUAUGUUGGAGUAUUGGAAGUUUAGUUGAACAAAUCCGGAGGACUUCAUUAAAAAUGUUAUCAGACUAUGAAGAAGGGAAUGAACCACCAGAACCCCUGGCUAAGGCUUUGUCCGUAGCAGCCUUAAUGCUAAAACCAGAACUUGAUUAUUGUCUCUCUCCGAGUUUUUUCCAAAAACUUUCACCAGAUGUAGAAGCAUUGCAGAAUGAUAUAGCAAAAGCAAUCAGGAUUCUAGAUGAUAAAACCAAAGUGAGUUUUGCAGAGCUGGGAAAUUUGCCUCUUGUGCUGGAUUCUAAUAAUAAAGCUGCCAGAGAAAGUGUUCGUUUGCGUGUGAGCGUGAAGAAAAUGUUGACUGAAUAUCUUCUUGAAUGCAGCGACUUGGAGUCUAUCCCUGAAAGUUUAAUAGAAAGUCUAGCAAUAAUUAACAAAACAUAUAGGCAUGAAUAUAGCAAAACCUACUCAAACAAGGAGGUAGAGGAAGAAAUAGAACGUGUGCUGACUAUUAGUGCUCAGAUAAAACAAAUUGUUUGGGAUUCACUCAUUGAAUGUGAUGUCAGUGAAGAUUUUGCAAAUGCUUACAUGGAGAAUGCAGAGGAUAGUUAUUAUGAAGGUGGUGAUGAAGAUGAACAUCUUUAUGAUCUUCCUCAGAAUUGCAAGUCUGAUCCUAAUGUCUCAUACAGCCAAGCAGAAAGUGUUGGCGAGAUAAACCAAAGUGAUUUUCAGUCACCAAUCACUGCUAGUCGAGAUGAUGGUUUAUCUUCUCUGCUUUCACCCAAACACAAGUUGAGCGUCAAGAUUGAGUCAAUGUAUACCGAUGGAGUAGAUUCAAUUCAUUCCAAUUGGUUUGACAAUUCCUCAUCAUUCUUAGAAUCAAAAGCUUCUGAAGUCACAAGGAGUAUGAGUGGUAAAGAUAGCCAUUUAAGAAGCAUAGGCCAUCAAGAAGGAAGGGAUUCAUGCUCAUCUUUUUCAACUAGAGAUCAAAAUAGUUUUUCUACACAUUUCUCACCUAAUGAAGUAUCAGGCAGGAAUGAUAUGGAGGAAAAAGUAACUGUCGGGGACUUGGGAUGCACACCACCAAAAUUUACAUCGACAAAGAGUUCAGAAGAAAAAAGCGUAUCACUUCACAGGCAAAACUUGAGUAGAAAUCAGUAUCUUCUUAUCCAGGAAGGUUCUGAUGAAACAAGUAUGGUUGCUUAUAGUCUUGUCGGCUGUAUUUUGAAUAAGUUUGCUCAGAUGGAUGGGUUACAGUUAUCUGAGGACGAUGUAUCAUAUCUCCAAGGCAACACUUCAGAUCCCAAAAUUUUUGAAGUUCUCAAGAACAGGCGAAGUUCUUGUGAUGAGACCACUAAUUCCAUUAUGCUCCAUGCUCUUGAAGAGAUAAUUCCUUCUUUUGCAAACAGUAGUAAAGAACAACUGAAGGAAUUGUUGGGUGUGAAGUAGCGUUUGAAGCCUCAAGGCAUUGAUUGGAGCAUAGCUCAAGAUCUCAAUUACGUAGAGGCUUUGCUAGAUUUAGUCGGGGACGAUAUCUAGCAAGGACAACGGGUCAUUGAAAGAGACUCAUUUCAUGUGGAUGAUAUGCUUACAUAAAAUUGUCAAGGUCUUCACCAAUGCUGCACUUGAAAAGACUGCCAUGAUUCGUGUUGGAGAUACAAUCUGAUGAACAACAACAACAACAUACCCAGUAUAUUCCCACAAGUGGAAUCUGAAGAAGGUGGUGGGCGUAUGCAGACCUUAUCCCUACCUUUGUAGGGUAGAGAGGUUGUUUCCGAUAAACCUUAUCCAUACAUUCUGAUGAACAUGGUGUUAAUAUUGGGUUUACGGAAGAAUGUGAAAUUUUGGCCAGAAGAGUAGAGAGCCUAGUUUUCUUUUUAAAGCCCAGAUAUGUAUUUAUAGCUGUUGCUUCUUCAUUUAUUUUAUUUGUUUUAAUAGAUUUCUGGUAAUACACAUCAAAGUUCACAUGGAAAAUAGAUUUCCUGUAAUACACAUCUGAGCAUUCUUUUGCCUAUGACAGGUUUUGUGAGUUUAACUGAA